AUGAUGCAGUCGAUGCCACCGAUGAUGCCGCCUACCAGUGGCAGCAUGAACAUGGGUGGAAUGCCUCCGCAGGGUUUCCAAAGCAUGCCUCCACAAGCUGGUGGGCCACAGGGCUCGAUGAUGCCGCCGAUGACCAACAUCCCUGGUUCGGCCACGAUUCCCCGGACUUCCAUACCAGGGACUGGGAUGCCAGGAGGAGUUGCCAUGGGUGCACCUCCUAUGUCCGCGGCAUCCUUGCAAAGUGGCUUUCAGCCAGGACCGAUGAACUCCAUGCCCAACAUGAACUCGAUGCCUGCCAUGGGAGGCCUUCCACAUGUGCAUGUCGGAGCGGUGCCUGAGACACUGUCGUCGGAUGUGCCGAUGACAGACACGGAGGAGAGCUGGGCAAGAGCUACAAAUGAGAAUGAAGGCGAAAACUGGACGCUGGAGGAUGUGGUGCUUCGUCACCUUGGUGGCGAUCUCACCAAUGUCUUGGCCGAUCCUUCGACAGGACUCCAGAGGCGACUUGACCAGCCACCGGCGGCAAUGCCCUUCACGUUUCUAGAGCCGUUGCCAUUGGAAACUGCGGAGAAGGCCAAAAGAUGUAUUGUGGCAAACUUGUCACCGCUCGGUUCAGGAAGUGGCAGCCCGGUGAAAGGGAGUGGCUUUACCUUCUCGCCAGGCGUUGUUUUGCCCAGCCUGACGUCACCGGGACCGUUGGGAUCACCGAUGGAGCCCGUGAGCAAGAAGAAGCCUGAACCGACAAAGAGCCUUGACUCGAUGGCACAUGCAGAAUGCGCGUGGUCUGCUGUGCUGAGCCAGGAAAGCCAUCUCCAUCGGACGCUUGUGAAUGUUGACACUGUCAUCUUGUCGGAGGGACCGAGGUUAAAGAUUGAUCAGGACUUGAGCAACGGGAGGUGGCGCCAGCUUCCAGAUGCCACCAGCUCCAACACAAGGUCCACCACUAGCGAUGCAGGGACAGUAUAUGCCGAACGUUUCCCGUCCUCAGAUGACGAGUUGGCACCUCAGUUUGCUUCUGCAGAGAGCUUUUGCUGCUCGUCUUUCAUCGGAGGCGUGGCCAACCCGCCAGUGGUCGCGGGAAACAUCCAGUAUGGUCGUACAAGAUGCAAUAUCAGCGAAGAUCGACGGCUGACAAGUCAGCAGUCAAGUGCGCACCGGUACACAGGAUUCCUCCCGCUCGAAGGCGUCUACGAGGAAGACACAUGCCGUAUUGGAUGA